AUGGCGUCUAUACAAGUAGCUCAGCUGAGUGAAGGCAAGAACAAUACGAUUGUGAGUUUUGCCUACGGUGUGGUGUACGGGGAUGAAUCCCCCGCUUCACUACCUUCAUACGCAGACAUCCAGUCGAAACUCGACAGCGAUACCAAGGUCGUGAGCAGUGCUACAGUCGACAGUGUUUCCAGCCCUAGCACUGAUCCGUGUGCCUACCAUCUACCAGCUUCAACGAUCAGACCAAAGACAACCUCCCGAGCGGGGACGACGCCUAAGAACUUGUUGCCUUCUUCUUCGACUUCGAUGUCCCGACUGGCUUCCCAUUCAACGAUUCGGCCUACAGCUUCACCAACGACCAACAUGAACUCACUUUCUACUCGUCGUUCACCCACUGUCACUUCUCCUGCCGUCACCGUCAUGAGGAAUGCUACCUCAACGACGCCUUCUAAAGGAACGCCAUCGAGUCCUCUAGGUUGCUCACGUCUUCUACCAGAUUCCCGUAACCCAACUAAGGCUACAGUCUUGUCGUUGGCUCUUGCUGUUAGGAGGGACAUCGAAGAUGGUCAACAUGAAGUUGCUGUCCAGACUACGGAUGCCCGUAUUCUUGUCGAUGACGUCACUCAAACG